UGGAGACAGGCUCUAUGUCUGUAUCCCAGGCUUCCAAGUCGCAGCGAUCUCCUUCCUAGGCCCCUGGAGUGCUGUGAAACCACGCCCCUCUGGACUUAUGAAUGUGGAAAUGAGGGGAAAGUGCCGAAGGGCACAGCCAUGCUGUAAGGAGCAAAGCAGCACGCCGAAGGUGCAACAGGAAGAUCGCAAGCAGAACAAACGCGUGCACCUGGUAGUGAUGUAGGGGCACCGGGACGAGGCACGCACAGGACUAGGGUUUCACAAGAGUUCCGGAGUGGGCGGGGCCUCUGCGUAGCACCGCCUUGCCGUCCGUGGUGAGGGCAGGGCCUCGAACUGUGGGUAGCCGUGUGGGCCGGGUCUCACGCUGCGCCACCUCCUUGCCGGCACUUGUGGGCGGGGCCUCGCGCUGCACCUCCCCCUCCUCGCUGGCGCCUGGGAGGGUGGUUAGUGUUGGCCGCGACAUGGCUGCGCUGGUGGAGCCGCUGGGGCUGGAGCGGGACGUGUCCCGGGCCGUGGAGCUGCUGGAGCGGCUGCAACGCAGCGGAGAGCUGCCCCCGCAGAAGCUGCAGGCCCUGCAGCGGGUCCUGCAGAGUCGCUUCUGUUCUGCCAUCCGCGAGGUGUAUGAGCAGCUCUAUGACACGCUGGACAUCACUGGCAGCGCCGAGGUGCGGGCUCACGCCACAGCCAAGGCCACAGUGGCUGCCUUCACAGCCAGUGAGGGUCAUGCACAUCCCAGGGUCGUGGAACUACCCAAGACUGAUGAGGGUCUGGGCUUCAACAUCAUGGGCGGCAAGGAACAGAACUCACCCAUCUACAUCUCUCGAGUGAUCCCCGGAGGUGUGGCUGAUCGCCACGGUGGCCUCAAGAGGGGAGACCAGCUGCUGUCUGUGAAUGGUGUGGGUGGUAAGGGCAGCGGUUUGGGCCAGCAGUCUGUGCGAGGCCUGCCCUGCAGAGUGUGGAGGGCGAACACCAUGAAAAAGCGGUGGAACUCCUGAAGGCCGCCCAGGGCUCAGUGAAGCUGGUGGUGCGCUACACCCCUCGGGUGCUGGAGGAGAUGGAGGCCCGCUUUGAGAAGAUGCGAUCCGCCCGUC